AUGAGAGGGAGUUGUAAGAAAUGUAGAACCAAUAUGGGAGAUAGAGAUGGUGGAGCCAUCGGCAAAAGUCACUCCUUCGUCACCCGUAUAUGGUUGGUGAAGCGAAAGGUUGCUGAGAUCGGUAGUCAAAUGAUGUGUGGCUCCAGUGUCCAUAACCCAAUUGUUAGGAUUAUAGUUGGAGGCAACAACAACGUUAGCUCGAGGUUGCCACAAAGUCGGAGAGGAGGCAAACCGGCUUUGAUUGAUGGAGUUGAGAAGCUGUGA